UUGGGCCACUUAGCUAAAGGUUUAAUCGAAACGCUCCCCAAAACAAAGACGACAACAUUGCGACGUCGCGACUUGAGUUAACAACUUUGUGAUGAGCCAUUGACUCCCGACCCAAGGGCUCAACGCCGACUCUUUUCCUCCCUCCGUCGUCAAACUAAACGAUCCCCCGCCGCCUUCUCCGUCACCUCCGGACGGCCUCUCGCUCUCUCAACCUUCAGAGCCCCAACAAUGCCUUUCAGGGGAUUGAUAGAGGUGGAACCGCCGAGCCCGCUGAGAUACGUAAUCGGAGCGGCGAUCAUGAUGAUCGGAGUAGUCUUACCCGUCGGUUACAUGAUGUUCCGUAACAAGCGCGUCCCCACUUCCUCUUCGUACUCUAAACAGACGUAGGAACAAAGUUUUGAUAUAGAGAGAGACUAUUGAAAUUACAAGGAUUUCGGAUUCGAUUUUUCGUGUUCAGAAAUUGAAAAGCUGAGAGGCAUUGAUGGAUCCGUCAUUUACAAAUGUACAUUCAUUCAAACUUCAAAUCUGUUAUAUGGGUUCUUUGAACUAGAUUUUGUACAAUGAUAUAUGCAUGUGAUUCGAUUCUGUUUUUGUA